AAAACCAAUUCUACUCAAGUUGGACGUGUAUAUUUACAUGCUUACUGUCAAAGCAGAAAUUUGGGGAACCAAAAUUCAGGACCAUUUAUAAGCAUCAUUAUCAUGUACGAUCUUUUUUAUGUGAGCAUCAUGAUGUGGACCAGCCUGUACAUGGUAAUUCUCCUCUACAGACACCGCAAGAGGGCCCAGUAUCUCCGCAGCCCAAGCCUCUCCAGCCAGCAAUCUCCCGAGCUCAGAGCCACUCACAGCAUCUUGCUGCUGGUGAGCUGUUUUGUGAUCUUGUAUUGGUUGAACAACUUUAUCACCCUUUAUGGAUUUUAUGCACCUACAAAAAUUCUAAAUUUGGAGGGAAUUAAUGCAUUUUGGGCAGCAUGCUAUCCAACCAUCUGCCCCUUUUUAAUAAUGAAGAAUAAUAAACUUAUUUUGCACUUCACUUCUUCCAUUUCGGCACUGAGAAUGACCUGUUUUCAACGUGCACUUCGUGGCUGA